AUGGGAUCGAACAAGAGAAGCACAUACUCAUACAAGUUUAAAGAUCCUAAAUUAGACGUUCUACAAGAAUUGGUUUCUCAGCUCCAUCCAGUCUACAAGAUCAACUUUGGGAAGGAUUAUGGCAAUCUGCUCAGUCUCUUGAACAAAGAAGCAGACCCACUGGAUUUUCAAAUAGAACCAAUGUUGGAGGAAUUUGAACAUAUUGUUGGUAUUCCCAUAAAAAACAAACUUCCAUUUAUGGGUGUCGAAGGGAUCUUGGAGCAUGAAGUUAUAAUUGUUGCCCUUCACAUGCAUAAGAAGGAGGUUACUGCAAACCUAGGAGUGAAAGGAAAUACCAAAGGGUUUCCACUCAAUUUUCUUAUAAAGAGAGCUUACACCCUAUUGGAGGCCCAAAGUUGGGAGGAUUGCUACGCUACUAUUGCCUUGGCUAUUUAUGGAAUCGUUCUGCUCCCAAACUUUGACGAUUUUGUAGACAUGACUGCCAUUUGCAUCUUCCUCACGAAGAAUCCAGUGCCUACCCUUCUUGCUGAUGUGUUCUAUUAUCUGACUCGGAGAAGUGCAAAGAAGGGAGGAAUGGUUGCUUGUUGCGCCCCUCUAUUGUACACAUGGUUGCAUACCCAUCUUCCAAAUAGGGGUCCCUUUAUGGAUCAGAAGGAUGCUAGUUGGCCCCAGAGGUUGGGAUCACUCCGAUCCAGCGAUAUUUCCCGGUACUCUAGGGAGUAUGAUGGUACAUAA